AUACGUUUGGUUUCCAGAACAAUCUUUUGAUAUUUAUAAAUAGGCACGCGACCAUUAUCACGCAAUAUUAAUAAUUUUAUUACACAUGAAGAUUGUCGGAUCUCGACAUUAAUAAUAUCUGCAAGCAAUUUAAACAUAGAUCCUUGUUGUGGUCACACGCACGCGAGUACACGUUCACGUACACACAUACACCAGCCUCUCCACUGAAGAGGACCUCUACUGAGUGGCGUCCCGCGGAGAGCCCGAGCAGCGCGGUGGAGAGAUGGCCCUGUCAUUUCUUCUUUUCAUUCUCUCUGUGUCUGCCUCGCUCACUGCGGCAGCUCACAAUACAACUGCAGGCUGCAACAUCAUCCGGCCCCCCAGAGAUGGAGGGAUCCGAUACAGAGGCCUGACACAAGAGCAGAUCCGGAGUGUGCAGGUGUUGCCAGUGGACUAUGAGAUUGAGUACAUCUGCAGGGGAAACCGUGUCAUCGUGGGACCAAAAGUCAGGAAGUGUCUACCCAAUGGAACCUGGACUGAUCCUAACCAGAAAAGCCACUGCUUGCUGCCGUGUCCUCGUGUGUGGACGUCCCUGGAGAACGGGCGUGUGAGCGUGUGGCCGGCCGGGCCCUCGGUGGAGGGGACGGUGCUGCAGUACUCCUGCCUGCCCGGGUUCAUCCUCAUGGGCCGCAACUCCACACACUGCAACAAGGCUGGCAAGUGGGACUCCCCCAAGCCCGUCUGCCACUAUGACAGAAAUUACACCGGCAAGAAGAAGCUGUACAUCGGAGCCCUGUUCCCCAUGAGCGGUGGAUGGCCUGGGGGCCAGGCCUGCCUGCCUUCCGCCCGGAUGGCCAUGGAUCUGGUGAACAACAGAACAGACAUCCUGCCGGACUAUGAGUUGGAGAUGAUCCACUAUGACAGCAUGUGUGAUCCAGGUGAGGCCACUAAGCUGCUGUAUGACCUGCUCUACUCUGAGCCCAUAAAGAUCGUCCUCAUGCCCGGAUGCAGCUCCGUAUCUACCCUGGUCGCCGAGGCAGCACGCAUGUGGAACCUCAUAGUGCUGUCCUAUGGCUCUAGCUCUCCAGCUCUGUCCAAUCGUCAGCGCUUCCCCACCUUCUUCCGCACGCAUCCGUCCGCGACGCUGCACAACCCCACCCGCGUGCAGCUCUUCCAGAAGUGGAAGUGGACCAAGAUCGCCACCAUCCAGCAGACCACCGAGGUCUUCACGUCGACUCUGGAUGAUUUGGAGCAGCGUGUGAAGGAAGCUGGGAUUGAGAUCAGCGUGAGGCAGAGUUUUCUCACUGAUCCCGCCGUCGCUGUCAAGAACCUCAAGCGGCAGGACGCCCGCAUCAUAGUGGGACUCUUCUACGAGACAGAGGCCAGGAAGGUGUUCUGUGAGGUCUUUAAGGAGAAGCUGUACGGGAAGAAGUACGUGUGGUUCCUGAUUGGCUGGUACGCAGAUAACUGGUUCAAGAUUAAAGACCCGUCCAUCAACUGCACGGUGGAGAACAUGACCGAGGCGGUGGAGGGUCACAUCACCACGGAGAUCGUCAUGCUGAACCCAGAGACUGUACGCGGAGCAUCCAACCUGACGUCUCAGGAGUUCCUGACCCAGCUGAUGUCCCGGCUGGGGGGCAUGAACCCCGAGGAGACGGGGGGCUUCCAGGAGGCGCCCCUGGCCUACGACGCCGUCUGGGCCCUGGCCCUGGCCCUCAACAAGACCGUGGGGCCCCUGAAGGCCAAGGGCCGGCGCCUGGAGGACUUCAACUACAACACCAAGGACAUCACGGCCGAGAUCUACCGCGCGCUCAACACCAGCUCCUUCGAGGGAGUCUCGGGCCAUGUGGUGUUCGAUGCCCAGGGAUCCAGGAUGGCUUGGACUCUCAUUGAACAGCUCCAAGGAGGAAGUUAUAAGAAGAUUGGAUAUUACGAUAUGACCAAAGGCAAUCUCUCCUGGUUUGGAAAUGACAAGUGGAUCGGUGCUGGCCCUCCGGCAGACCAGACUCUGGUGAAUUUUGAGUACCGCUACCUCUCCCAGAAGCUCUUCAUCUCCGUGUCGGUGUUCGCCGGCUUCGGCAUCCUGUUUGGCAUCGUCUGUCUCACGUUCAACAUCUACAACAGCAACGUCAGGUAUAUUCAGAACUCGCAGCCCUACCUCAACAACAUGACGGCGGUGGGCUGCAUGAUGGCGCUGGCUGCAGUGUUUCCUCUGGGAAUGGACGGCCUGCACGUACACAGAGACCAGUUUCCUGUUGUCUGCCAGUUCCGCUUGUGGCUGCUGGGUUUGGGCUUCAGUCUGGCGUAUGGCAGCAUGUUCACUAAGAUCUGGUGGGUCCAUACUGUCUUCACCAAGAAGGAUGAGAAAAAGGACAAGAGGAAGCACCUGGACCCUUGGAAGCUGUAUGCCACUGUGGGCAUUCUGUUGGUCAUCGACAUCACGUCCCUCAUGAUCUGGCAGAUAGUUGAUCCCCUGCACAUCACUGUGGAGAAGUUCACCCGCGAGGCUCCUAAAGGGGAUCUGGACGUCCUGAUUGAGCCCCUGCUGGAGCACUGCAGCUCAGAGAAGAUGAACACCUGGCUAGGAGUGGUGUACGGAUAUAAAGGGCUGCUGCUUCUCUUGGGCAUCUUCUUGGCCUACGAGACUAAAUCUGUCUCCACAGAGAAAAUCAACGACCACAGGGCUGUGGGCAUGGCUAUCUACAAUGUUUCUGUUUUGUGUAUGAUCACCGCUCCGGUCACCAUGAUCUUGUCGUCCAAGCAGGAUGCCUCCUUUGCUUUCGCUUCCCUGGCCAUCGUCUUCUCUGUCUACAUCACUUUAGUGGUGCUGUUUGUCCCUAAGAUGCGGAGGUUGAUUACGCGUGGCGAGUGGCAGUCGGACCAGCAGGAGACGAUGAAGACGGGCUCGUCCACCAACAACAACGACGAGGAGAAGAGCCGACAGCUGGAGAGAGAGAACAAAGAGCUGCAGAGGAUCAUCCAGGAGAAGGAGGAGAGGGUGUCCGACCUGCGGAACCAGCUGUCCGAGAGGCAGGCGCUGCGCUCGCGCCGGCGUCCGUCCUCGGGCACCCAGAACCACAGCGCGCCGCCAGUCUCCGCCCCGCAGGGCGACCCCAAGGCCCUGCUGCCCCCGCCGGGCUACCCGCUGCCCGCCUCCGACAACCACGCGCUGCCCCCGUCCUUCUCCAACUCCUCCAACCUCUACCAGCCCGACGGCAAGAUCAGCCGCAACCACUGCCACACCAGCCGCCUGCCCCUGCUCUACAAGUGAGAGGAGACCGCAGAGGAGCGCAGGAGGAGGAGGAGGAGGAGGAGGAGGAGAAGAGGAGGAGAGGAGGUGGCAGGAGCAGAGGAGGAGGUGGAGGAGGGGGAGAGGAGGAUGAGACAGAGUACGAGGAACUUGAAGGGGAGAACAAACAUGCAUUUCUCUCUCUCUCUCUCUCGUUCUCCCCCUCUUUCUCUCUUUCUCUUUCCCUCUCUUUGUGCAGGAUGAGACAGAGUGCGAGGAACUUGAAGGGGGAAGGGGAGAACAAACGUGCACUUUCUCUCUCUCUUUCUCUCUCUCUCUCUUUCUCCCCCUCUUUCUCUCUUUCUUUUUCCCUCUCUUUGCACAUAGCCUGUGAGGGGGAGGAUGUGCCGUUUUGGUUUUGAUGGGGUGGAAAUCGAUGUUUUGGCUUGUUGUUUUAGCAGGAAAUCAAACCACACUCACAGUGAGAUGACACAGAUGAGACCCGUGGGGGUGUCUUAAGAUGGGGGGGUGCACUGUUGAGUCAUUACGAAAGGCUGAGUGAUUUUCCAUGUAACAAACAAACAAAAAAAAAAAUCCAAUCUGAUGCACCUGAAUACUCACCUUAGGUGAACCUUUAUCUCCCCCAUGUCACCACACCACACACUACACCACUAACCUCUCGGGAGGCCUGAGGGGCUUUCAGCUGCAUGAUGGUAAACAUGAUAGAGGUGGAUGUGCAUACCAUCUUUAGCAUAUGGCCUGACUGGACUUGACCUGUUUAUUAUCUGACAUGAAGCGUAAGAAAGUUAGUGUUGACUAAUAUGUAACGUGUGUCUGUGUGUGUGUGUGUGUGUGUGUGUGUGUGUGUCUGUGUGUGUGUGUGUGUGUGCGUAUGUGUGUUUGUGUGUGUGUGUGAUACACUUUUGUGUUCAGAAAGGUAUAAGUUAACAAUCUGGAAGGAUUUGAUGAGUGAUUCCAUGAGAUAUGGGCAAAACAGAAAAAAAAAGACCCUCCAGCGCUAUCUAGCUGAAGCCUCACCUUAGGUGACCCCUUUCCCUCCUCCGACCUGUCUCACUGCGCUCAUCCACUCACACAUCUGGAGGGAGCUGCCACAGCUGCACGGUGGAGCCUGACAGCAGCGCUCACUAGCGCCCUCUACUGGUGUAGAGUAGAGUAGCCAGGCAAGCGGCUCUGAAGUCAUAUUUGAACACAAUCGGCACGUUUGAAUGUGUCUGGAUGCGAAAGACAGUACUGUGCAAAUGUUCGUGGCACUUGUGUUAAACUGUACUUUACUGGAUGCUUUAAAAAAGAAUGACAUGAACCAUUUUUACUUAUGAAAUAUCAACCUCCCUUUGUUUUGAGAAGCAUCAGUUGACUUAUGUGUACACCUGUACAAGCUAUUUGGCAGGCAUUUUGGAGUUAUUAUCACAGUUCUUUAUUGCAUUUAGUCUUGAUUCUUUCACUAUAUAAUUCCAGAUUACACUGGUUUCUUCCAGUGGCUGAUGACUUGUAGUUCUUCAAUCUGCAAUGUAGUUUGUGUUGAUAUUUUUCUUACUUUUAUGGCCUACAAAUGUCUCACUGGAAAACUCAUUGGAUGUUUUAGAAUAUAAAAUACACAAUACGUUGGCAAACUAGUGCUAUAAUAAUGUCAGAAAGCAACUGCUGAAGUUGUUUUGUGCAGCAACUUAAGUGCCCAAUACCUUUGCACAGUACUACCUGUCCAGUUCAAUUGAUUUCGGUGAUUUCAGUUUACCUUAUAAUUCUUGGAAAAGGGUGUGUGAUGAGUGUGUAUGUCUGUCUCUCUAGCAUUCACACCUACACACACACACACACACACCGGAAAGUGGUGCAGUGCAGUAGCGUUCCGUUCCGUUCCGUUGCAUAGCCGGCCUCUUUCUUAUGGCUUUUCCUGUCUCCGUUCGAAAGUUUCUAAAUGAAAUCAUUGCACCAUGGUGUCACUUUCAAGUUGAACCCGCCGUGGCUUGCUUCUUCCAUGUCUGUGUGCAGGGAUGCAUAGAUGUCAGCGUUAUGCACCGAAUACAGGACACAGAGAGCGCACAGCAAGACAUUUUCGGCUGAAAAAAAAUGGGCUUUGUUUUAUUUGUACAUUAUUGUGAUGCUGUGUGAAUCAAACCUGCCAGAUACUGUGCAGUACAGUUCAGGUGUCACAGAGAGCAGCCUCACAGAUCCAGCAGCUGAACUAGUCAGUGAUUGGUCAUCACUGCUAAUUAGAAUGAGGUCAUAGUCUCGCCUGGGCUGGACAUGUGGAACUGAACGCUGAUAAGCAAGGUUUCAUAGGAAACACUAAAAGGGAACUGAAGUACUGCACCCCUCCCCUCUCUCCCUCACACACACACACACACACACACACUGCAGUGAAAGACAGACAAACUUUACUGACUUUUUUCAUAUGAUAGAAAAACAUAUGAGCGCUAUUCUCAAGAAUCAGGGGUUGAACAGUAAACUCCCCUACAAUCAUCCACGCCGUUUAAAACUCUUUGUGAAUAUUGGCUCACAAUCUUGUCUCUCAUGAUCUUGUUCCUGUUCCUGUUUCUGUUUCUGUCUGAUGAUAGAUAUCAUUGAUGUUUAUAUGAAUAAUGACAUGCACAAUUGUAAAUGAUAUGUAUGUACAUGAUAAAUGUAUUCUUAAACACAGAAGUAUAAAUUGUAUUCGCACAUGCUAUUAAAAAAAAGAUAUUUAUAUUGACUGCUUUAGAGUCUAGAGACGAUGUGAAAUGUGAUUACUGUAGUUCUGAUUUGGUGACUCAAUAAACAAGUUGUUUUUUAC